GUUAGACAUAUGACGUGCAAAUGUUUAUGUUUGACGUUGGAUAUAUGACGUGCACGCUGAAUUGACGUCAGAACAUGCGACAUAACAACAGCUGCAGACAAACGGUGGUGCUGGCUUUGGUGGUGGUGGUGUGUGUGGUCAUCGUGUUGUCCUACCUGUCCGUCAGAGACCGGCCAGUCCUCGCACAACACGACAUAUCCAGUAUAUUUAUCAGUAUUUCAGAUCAGAGGCCACGUGAUGUAGAGGCAAGGCGUCAACGAGACUACGCCCACGCGAUGGCAGAAGACACCCGACUAGAUCAUGACUCCGCCCACCAGCCAACUGAUGCCACACAGCCAGAACAAGACUCCGCCCACCAACCUGACACACGUCACUCAACACAAGAACACACCCCAAGAACCGAAACCAGCACCAAUAAGAUCAAUCUGUCCGUGUCAACGACCUUGACCUCAGGAUCAACGACCUUGACAUCAGUAGCUACGACCUUCACCUCAGUUGCUUCUACAUCCAGCCAAAACCAGAGCUCCACCCCUCCCAAUUCCCCGCCCCCACCGGGCAAGAAAUACCUGAUCUACCUGUGCGACAAGAGUGAGUACUGCUACGGUCUCGGUGACCGCCAGCGGGGGGUGGUGGGGGUGUACGCUCUGGCAGAAGUCACCAACAGACAGUUCGGCAUCAGUAUGACGUCACCAUGGCCGUUUCAGGAUUUUUAUGAGCCAAACGAAGUUGGUUGGCUCAUUCCAGAGGAGGAGCUGAGAAACAAAUCAACUACAACAAUCAGAUACUUCCAGAGCUCGGCCACUGAGCUGAAGGAGAUCAACUUUAACGCCGUCUACCCCCAGGAUGUCGUCUACAUCAAGACCAACCACGAGCUAUGGCGCCAGCUCAAGCUCAACCCCUACUACAAGCACCGCCUCCCGGGCUGGCUCAGCAGUAGGCGGUGCCACAUCUUCUCUAAGGCGUGGCUUAAACUCACACAACCAACCCACGAGCUGCGUGCUAAAUUAAACGAACUGCUGAUCAAUAUAUCCCAAUCGAUGAUCGAUGACCCUUUAUUGAGUGGGAACAAAUCCUGUGUGAACUGCAGUAAUACAGACACCAAACCAGCGACAAACGGACCGCAGUUAAAGCUAGCCCCGUCUCUACGGCCUGGGAUAUCCAAGGAUGGUAUUGGUCAACUUAAGGGUUAUGGUGUGGCCGACUUGAACUUGGUGUGUGCCCAUAUACGGAUCGGUCACAGCUCGACCUUGCCUUUUGAAAAGGAGAGAAGGAACAGCCUCAACUCAGUCCAGGCGGUCUGGAACUUUCUCAGACCGUACCUGGAGUCUGGGCAUCACGUGUACCUGGCUACUGACAGCGACGAGGUACGGAAAGAGGCCAAAACUAUGUUCGGGUCAAGGCUGCACAACCUGGACGCACCGUUGGUGCACAUUGCACACGUGGUUCAAGGUCAGGACGAGAGGGAGGGGCUCAAGACGGCCCUGGUGGAGCAGCUGCUGUUGAUGACGUCAUGCAAGGUCCUGCUGGUCAGCAAAAGUGGAUUCAGCAUGUCAGCAGCUUAUGUCAGGAUGGCCCUGAUUGGCUGGAGCAAUAAUUAUAUGUUUAAAGAUGGCGGCGUGCAUGAGUGGGGCCUGUGGUAGAUAGAGGGUAAAGGUUCUUGUCAUUUAGAUGUCAUGUUGG